CAACUGAAGAGGUUUUGGGGUCAAUCACAGAAACCGUUUCAAUACUUGUUUUCUGUAAUAUAAUGCUUAAAAAAACGUGUCUGCAAAAUAUUUCUUAUAACUUUUCAGCCGUUAAUGAGAUAUUAGCAUUUUAAUGUGGGUUUUAGGGACACUAAAAAGUCUUAUUCUCGUAGCCAUUCGAGAUGUGUUUCUCCCUAACUACAGGGGUCCGUGACGUCAUAGUAUGGAAAUUAGGUCACGCUACUAACCCCCGGCGGAUUAGCCUAGAUCCAUUCAAGCGUACUAGCAUCAAGUUUUAGUCCACCGCACAACGUGGAUCAGUCUACUAGACCUCUUGUUACAGUCCACUUGUGGUUGUUUUAAGCAUAAACACAUCUUUAAAAACUCUUUGCUCUGAAUAUAAAGGAUUUUAAAAUAUGGUUCUAUACUGUAGCGCAUUUGGCUGCAGAAACAGCGGCCUGACGCCUGGCAUUCAUUUUUUUCAUUUCCCUAAGGAUGAUACAUUGAGAAAACAAUGGAUAAUUAAGAUGAGAAGAGAAAAUUUUACACCAAGUAAGUUCUCAGUUCUUUGCAGUGAGCACUUUGAGGAAAGUGACUUAGAGCCAAAAUGUCGACCUUCUUUCCUAAGAUCUUUGUUGAUGUCUGAAGAAAGAAUAAAAUCUGUUCGUCCUAGAUUGCUCCCAGGUACAGUGCCAAGUAAAUUUCAAUAUAAGUUAUACACUGGAACUAAAUCCAAUUUUUCAAAGCAAGAUUGCACAAGACCCAGAAAAGCAUUUGAAAAAAGAGAGCGCAAUAGGACUUUAGCAGAGAUUGGUCUUGCAACAACCUCAAGUAAAUCUACUAAAGCUGGACCUACCCUAGCACAAAACACUGUUCCUGAAAAUAAAAAGGAUGAUGAAAAACAAUCAGCACAAGAUCAAGACGCAACAAUAAUGGACACUUUAUAUUCACAAGUACCGGAGAAUGAAAUGCAAGUAUGUAUGGAUCAAAUUUCUGUAAACACUUUUGAACCACAGAGCACUGAAAGUCACAAAACUUCAAAUGAAGUAGAUUUGCAUUUAACUAUUAUGGACGUCACUGAGCUGCAGGAAGCAGCAAAAAAUGCAUGUUCAAUAAGCCGAACUGUGACAAUUGACAUCGAACCCAAGAAAGUCCUCAUGAAAUCUAGAAAAACACAAACUACAAAUUUCAUCCCUCAAGAAUCUUCAACACCAAAAAAGCGUAAGAUUAAAGAUAGCAAUGAAUACAGUGAUAACCUUAAUUCACAUAAUCUUAGCUCACUUUCAUCCUUGUCAUCAGCAAGUGAUUCCACAUUUAAUGAUAUAAGUUUGAAUGACAGCAAUAAUUAUUACAAUUUCAGUACUGAUGUAAAAGGGCAUGAUCCACAUAAAGAGAAAAAAUACAUAAUCUUUGAGACAUGUUUAAUGCAACUUUUUGCAAGAUGUCUCAUUUGCAAUGUUUUAAAUCCAGAAGUUACACUUUUCACUUCAGGGACAAUGGUAACUGCUUAUGGGAAAUGUAAAAAAAAACUGCACCUGGAAAUGGUGUAG